AUCGAUUCCUUUGUUCACUAUUCUAUUGAAAGUUUGUUUACAUUUUUUAAUAGAUUAAGAUGUGCGACUUUGGUGCUUUGUGGCAGGAUGUGCUGAAAAUAUUUCCAGUUCUGGGUGGAGUGAUUCCUGGGACUGCCGAGCCGGUUGAAGAAACUCUGUACAAGAAUGUUCGCCGGCACCUACAACAGUUGGGCAGCAUUGAGACAUUUGCGGCAAUUCUGGAUCUGGAAAUUCAGUCGGUGAUUCGAAAUGUACUUGCACCCAAGUUUUGGAAGCAUUUCCAUGGGGACAGCGUGCCAACAGAUCUGCAGACGUGCAUCAAAGACCAAGCGCUGGUCAUAGAAGCUCUUCCGGAUAAGAACAAAUUGUUCUCUCAGUUUAUUGAUGCUAUCAAUGAGUUGUACCUUAGCUUCAACAGUUUGAUGCAAGUUAAGCCCAGACUUGCGCAUCUUAUCGGCACGGAAAAUAGUUCAGCCCUAAACUCGGCCAAAUUGUUGCACGAAGAUUCCAUCAAAUCGUACCUACGCGAUUCGUUGCUUUCGCAGCUGCCACCAGCCUUCAGUGUGGUUGUGGGUGCCUUCUAUUGGGUUCACUUCAAGCUCUACACCAAAGCUUCGCAUCUAGCCUUAACAACAGUGGACUCUGAGGUAUUCGAUGAGCUGCUAUGUGUGGGCUGCAAUUUCGACGUGGAGCAGUGCUGCUGUCUGCGACUAACUGAAAUGGUGAACAAGACGAACAUGAAAUUGUUCGAGAUGAACCUGAUCGAUCGUUUAACUGGUAGUGCUCUGACAUCGCUCAUAAAGCUCAAAAUCAAAGAGCAUAUAAACGACACAUGCCAGGGCAUCUUUGACAGAAGCCACCUCAAGCAGCUGGAAAAGUGGCUGGCGGAAGUUAUAAUGACUUGGUUGAAGAGCAUUUUCACAGAAUGGCAGACCAAAGAUAAUGCCAAGGAAGCAGAAGCUCCCGCGUCUGUGCAAUCCUUCAAAGUGAAACUUACUUAUUAUAUGUACGAAACGUUUGCUCAGAGCGUAAUUGGACAGUUCUUCAGUAUUAUCAUUGAUUAUCCAGAUUCAAUACCAGCCAUAGACGACUUGAAGAUUUGCAUGGAGAAAAUUGAUAUGCGAGUCUACCUGACGGAGUCGCUGCGAAGUUCGUUGGAAGCCAGAAUUCUGCAUCCUGGCGUUAACACGAUGGACAUAUUAACUGGAUACGUUGCCGCCAUUAAGGCUAUUCGCCAUCUGGACCAAUCGGGCGUUAUUCUAGAGAUGGUUACAGCCCCGAUCAAGGAUUAUCUGCGGAAACGAAGCGACACAGUGCGACGCGUCGUAACAGGCCUGACAGAAGAGGGGCCAACCGACUUGUCCGAAGAACUGGCCAAGGGGGAGUCAAUCAAGGAUGGCAAGGACUCUGGUCCCGACGAGUUCAGCAAUUGGGAGAACUGGGAACCGGAUCCAUUUGGAAUCGAUGCUAAUCUCAUGAAGUACAACAGCUCAAAGAUAAUGCGAUCCGCAGACAUCAUAUCAAUGGUGGUGGAUAUAUACGGAAGCAAAGAGCUAUUCAUGACUGAAUAUCGUAAUUUGAUGGCAGACAGACUGCUCGCCCAUCUCGACUUUAAUUCGGAGAAGGAAAUUCGAAAUCUUGAGCUGUUGAAAAUUCGUUUUGGGGAAUCGCUUUUGCAUAGCUGCGAGGUGAUGCUGAAAGACGUGACCGACUCAAAGCGUAUCAACGCGCACAUUCACGGCGAUGGCAAUGUCAAUGAGAAUCAAUUGUUUGACAUCUCUUCCCUGAUCAUAUCUGCCCAGUUUUGGCCAUCCUUUAACAAGGAGAGUCUUCAGUUGCCGGAGGAGAUCGAGAAUGAGUUCAAGAAGUACACAAAGGCCUAUGAGGGGUACAAAGGUAACCGCACUCUCAACUGGCGUACGGUAACUGGUCGCGUCAAUAUUGUCAUUGAAAUUGGAGACCGAACACUGGACAUGGUGGUGAGCCCCACGUUGGCCGUGAUCAUAUACCACUUCCAGAACAAGAGUGAAUGGGCCAUCGAAGAACUUAGUUCAAUCACAAAAGUUCCAGCAUCGGCGCUCAGGCGUCGUAUAAGUUUUUGGCAAAAUCAUGGCUUGAUAUCAGAAUCAUCACCUGGAGUAUUUACACUGCUGGAAAAGGAAACAGAAAAGUCGCAGUUUGAGGAAAUGAGUCUGGCCGAGGCCGACGAAGAAGACUUGGAGUCGGCCAUGGCAUCUGCCAGCGAUCAAAGGGAGGAAGAACUUCAAGUGUUUUGGUCCUAUAUUGUUGGCAUGCUCACGAAUCUCGAUUCCAUGCCCAUCGAUCGCAUCCACCAGAUGCUCAAACUCUUUGCCUCACACAGUGGAGGAGUGGAGUUUACCCAAGACGAGCUGAAGCACUUUCUGCAGCGUAAAGUCAGAGAGCAUAAGCUUCUAUUCUCCGGUGGAGUUUACCAAUUGGCCAAGUAAAUUGUGCGCACAGUACGCUCAUGAAUGAAGAAAUCAGCCCAAAGAAGUGAUAACAUUUAUGAAAUUCAAGAAUCGAUUCCCUUAUCUGAGCUUAUCAGACUGCUGUUCUCCAUUAAGAGUCCACAGCAAGUCGUUUACCUUUAAAAUUGAUCAUUGAUUAACUGAAGAAAUGGUGAUUUUUGUAAUUUAUGUCUACAAAUAUGAAACGGAACACUUUUUGGUUUCCAGAUAUACAGUAAGGCAACCUCGAAUACGUCUAAAUCUUAUUUUAUUUAGCUGUUUAAUAUUAUCUUAUCCCUCUAUCAACAAA